CUUGACUCACCCGCAGUCACACAACAAGGCGGGGGGAGUUCCUCCGAAUCAGUCCUCGUCGGGAACCAAGAGAAGAGCUGCACAUUAUUCCUUUAUAACAGGACUCUUUGAUGCGAGCUCCACCUUUUGAAACAUUUGCUCAGAAUCGACGGGUUUUAGCCUCUUUUUUCUUCGCCCGUUUCUUUGUGGUUUGUUCUCGUUGUUGCUGUUCAGCAGAAGUCGUGACAGUUUAGUUCGCUGUUAUUUUUUGUGGACAUUUUGGAGAUGCCUGAAGACAUUGGGACAGCCAAGCCAGUGUCUGCAGGAGGAGUCAUUGCCUACAUUUCCUCCAGCAGCCCGGAGUCUUGUCCGAGCGGCGGCUACAUGUCGACGUCGCCGCCCUCGUCGCGUCCGUCGCUGCCCAGUCGGGCCGUCGGGAUGGUGGUGGACAUCGCUCCGCCCGCCAAGAACGCUCGCAGCAUGGAGAAGGCCGGACGCUCGUCCACGUCCUCCAAGAGCAGCAUCACGAAAAUCAACGGCAUGGUUCUGUUGUGCAAAGUGUGCGGUGACGUGGCCUCGGGGUUCCACUAUGGCGUCCACGCUUGUGAGGGCUGCAAGGGGUUCUUCAGGAGAAGCAUCCAGCAGAACAUCCAAUACAAGAAGUGUCUCAAGAUGGAGAACUGCACCAUCAUGCGGAUCAACAGGAACCGCUGCCAGCAGUGUCGCUUCAAGAAGUGUCUGUCGGUCGGCAUGUCCAGAGACGCUGUUAGAUUCGGUCGCAUCCCGAAGAGAGAGAAGCAGAGGAUGCUGCUGGAGAUGCAGAACGCCAUGAACAACAUGAUGAGCAACAAUAGCCAGCUGCACGGGAUGCUGCACGGCCACCAGAGCCCGCCGCUGCCCAUGGACGCCACCAGCACCGACGGCGCCCCCUCCUCCUCCGCCUCCGCUUCCCCUUCCUCCUCCUCCUCAUCCUCCUCCUCCUCCUCCGCUUCCGAUUCGCCGUCAUGUUCCAACCCCUCCUCGCCGCAGUGCCCCCAGGACUCUGAGUCGGUGGUCUCCAUGGACACCAACUCCAGCUCGGCGUCUUCCUGCGGCUCGGACAGCGGCGAGGACGAGGCCGUCGGCACGCCGAGGCAGCAAAGGUCGCCCGUCACCCUGGAAACGGGAUGCGACGGCAACAGCAGCAGCAUGGAGGAGCAGCAGGGCAGCUGGGGCUGCUGGGACGACAACGCCGCGGCGGUGGCGGCGGCGGCGGCCGAAGGCAACCGCUUCAGCCAUUACGGCGGGCAGCGCAUCACCAACGCCGCCUACAGGGAGGAGAGGGGCGUUUACCAGCAGCUCAACGGCGCCCCCGGCUGUGAAGCCACACAAAGACAGAAUGAGCUGAACGCACAAACUUCCUCAAGCGGUUACAGCGAACCAAGCGGCUGCCCGAGCAGCAGAGCACACCUGGUGUGUCCCAUGAACACUUCACCUUACGUCGACCCCCGAAAGCCCAGCCAGGAGAUCUGGGAGGAGUUCUCCAUGAGCUUCACCCCGGCCGUGCGCGAGGUGGUCGAGUUCGCCAAGAGGAUCCCGGGCUUCCGAGACCUCCCCGAGCACGACCAGGUCGGCCUGCUGAAGGCCGGGACCUUCGAGGUGUUGAUGGUCCGAUUCGCCUCCCUUUUCAACGUGGCCGAGCGGACGGUGACCUUCCUGAGCGGGCGGCGCUACAGCCUGGACGCUCUGCGGUCGCUGGGCGCCGGAGAGCUCCUCAACUCCAUGUGCGAGUUCAGCGAGAAGCUGGCGGCCCUGAGGCUCGACGCAGACGAAAUGAGCCUCUUCACGGCUGUGGUGCUCGUCUCAGCCGAUCGCUCAGGGAUCCAGGACCUGAACUCGGUGGAGGCGCUGCAGGACAAACUGAUCCGGGCGCUGAGGAACCAGGUGAUGCAGAACCACGGGGACGAGUCGUCCACCACCUUCACCAAGCUGCUGCUCAAGCUUCCCGAGCUGCGUUCGCUCAACAACAUGCACUCGGAGGAACUGCUCUCGUUCAAAGUUCACCCUUGAACGAUAAAAACACAAAAAAAAAAAAAAGAAAAAGAAAAAGCUUCCUCAAGCGGUGGGACAGCGGGACGAGGGUCGGGGGGUAUUAAAUGAAAACCUCCACCUCCCUGCACCAGGAACCUGCCUCUCAGCAUCACCUCCUGUACCCUACCAACCCCAGCUCCGUGCGUUUGUCUCUAGAAUGUAUGAAAACUUUAUUUUUUAUUAUUCUAUUUUUGUGAAGCGCCACGGACGAGAGAUUUUUUUAGAAAGAAAGAAAAAGACAAGAAAGUACUGUAUUUAUAGAAAGAGAUUAUAAAAGGACGCUCGUUGCACUCAAACACGCAACAAGUGAGGAUUUCAUUUUUUUUUUCUAUUUUCCAAGAAGAAAAAGUAAAAAAAAUACGAUUAAAUUCGUUUUCGUUUUCUCCAAAAGCCAUUUAAUUCCAAAGUGUAUUAACUGAACUGAAGAGCGGGUGAAUGUGAGAGACGAUGCAUAAAUGCAUAUAUAUAAAUAUAUAUACUGUACCUUGCAGACAUGCCUGUGUGGUCCAGCACUCUUUGACUGCUGCAUGUUUUGUAGAGGAAGACACGCUAUCGGGGAAAAAACAAAACAAAAAAAAGAAAAAAACAAGAAUGUGUGACGAUCGCUGCUAAUGCAUGGCUGUAUUUUAAUGCGAACAAUUAUUAUGAUUAUUACUACUCAUGAUCUUCUCCCCCCCUUUGCUACGGAAAGUGUCAGCAGAUUGUCUUGCUUGUAUAUAAGUGUUUUCAUUUUUUAUCUUUUAUUUAAUUGUUCAUAUUUGUCUGGUGAUUUCUGAUUUCUUGGGGGGGGGGGGGAGUCGAGUCGACGUCGGAUAUAAAAAAAAUAAUACUAAACACUACGUUUUGCUCACAAGGAGCAGGAAAAACCAAGUGAACAUCCACAAAACAGUGUGAGGACGACGUAUACGUGUUUAAUGCCAUUAUCCCGCUCUCUCCGGUUUGCUUCUGUUUCAUUUUUUUAUCAUUAUUUUUUUUAUUUUUAAUCAAAACUGUGUUUUCAGCAUAGCACUGAAUUUUGUCACUUUGCUCUUGUCAUCCAUUUUUGUUGAUAUAUCGAUUUCUUCUGCUGGCAAACACUGCCACCAUGUAAAUAACUAUAUAAAUAUAUAUAAAUAUAUAAAUAUAUAUAAAUAUCUGAUGAACAUAGUUAUAAAUAUGAUAUAGUAUGAAUAAAAAAAAAAAAGUGAAGAAUA